AUGCCACCAUCGGCGGAACAGCUCAAAGGGGCAUGUGCAUGUGGUGCCGUGAGUUGGCAAGCGACUGCUGAUCCCCGGCAUCUCGACCUCUGCUACUGUAAGACAUGUCAACAGAUCUCCGGCGCACCAUUCGUUGCAUGGACGGGCAUUCCGAAGCAGGGAUUGACAUGGCAUGGCCCUAUCACCACUUUUGCCGUCAACGAUCUGGCCACCAGAAGCUGCUGUCAAGAGUGCGGCUCGACGCUGAGCAUGCAUUAUCAUUGCUAUCCGGACAAAAUCCAUGUCGCUGCCGGGACUGUGACAGAUGGUGAGAAGCUCCUACCGCCUGUCAAUAUGCACAUUUUCAUCAGUCGCAAGCCUCAGUGGUACACUCUGCCAGAUGAUAAGAUAGAGAAAUGGGACGAGUUUGAUACCGAGACGCAGAAGAUGCUGGACGAUUGGCGAAGCAGACAAAGCUCGUCAUGA